UUCAUCGUCAACAGCAUCCAACCACAAAACACAGUGUCAACUGGUCUUUGCACCUCCGUGCAAACAGUCACUCUCUAGUUCUUCUCGUCUUGCUGUCUCUCAUAAUGGCGCAUCGCAUAAUAACACAAGUCGUCUUUUCUGGCGCCCGAAUAAUAGGCCGCGCAGUCUCCGAAUCCUACCGUCAAGCCGCCGCCUCCCAGAAAUUCGCCGCCGCAAAUAAGAACGGCAAUGGCGGUACCUCCUCCGCCUUCUCCGCCUCGAACAUCACUAUGGAUGAAGCCUGCCAGAUCCUCAACGUUGGACCGGGGAAGAUGGGGAAUAUAGAAAUAGAGGCAGUGACGGAGAGGUUCAAGAGGCUGUUUGAUCUGAAUGACCCGAAGAAGGGCGGAAGUUUCUACCUGCAGAGCAAGAUUUUGAGGGCAAGAGAGAGGAUUGAGAGGGAGGUACAGGGGCAUCAAAGGGUGGCGGAGAGGGAGACAGAGCUAAGAGACGGGUUCAAGCCGAAAUUCACGAAAGAGGAUUGAGGUGCUCCACAACCACCUUGCGAUUAGAACUCGAUAUGGCCUCUGGCCAAUGCGUGGCAAUCGGCUUCACAACGGACCUUGUGCUCUGGUUCUCGAACCACAUCAUUGAUCGAUUAUACGGAGUGACAGGGGGCAAUUACGUGCAUAUGGACGGCGUUCGAGCGUAGCCUUUGGGCCUUUUAUACUGGUGCUAGGAGCGGUGGCGCAUUCAAGUGCGAUUGGAGACGAUUCGCAGCGCGAACGUGCUUGUUUGGUACUCCACUCCUACCUGUACAUAUAUAUCUGUUUUGAAAUCGUCACGUACUGUAUCAAUACAAGCCAACUGAAGACGGCUUUCGCUCAAUUCGAAGUUGGCUCUCAACAAUUUGAUGAUUGCCAUCUACAAAUGAUACUACUUGAUGACGACGGGCGAACGUAAGCAGUCAGAAUGUUCUAGACACUAAGUGUUUAUGUAGAUAUAAGCGAUCAGCUCACAAGAC